GCAGGGCAUUAUUUAUUGAUCAUUAAAUACGGUGGUGUGGAGACUGUGGACUCUGUACAGGCUGGACAGGCACGAGUCUGAUUUAGUACGGAGGCCGGUGAGGUAAGGAGGAGGCUGUAUAUUCCUGACACUAAAGGGGCACUGACAAGGACGCAGCCUAGAGCUGACCUCCUCACCUGGCCACCCCCCUCCCCCCACAGAGGGAUGCCCCCCAGGCCGAGCACCAGCUGAAGAAGAGGACAAAAAAAGUUACUAUGACUGCGCCUCACCAGAAGAGGUCCUGCCUCAGAUCUCCUCUCCCAGACUGGUUGGGACGCUCCAGUUGUGUUCUGUUACUUUUGUCUUGAGUUUUUUUUACUCAUCCUCACUGGAGUGAGAGAGUGAAGACCUUUUGAAGACCUUUUGAAGACUUGGAGUAGCUGCUAAUAGACGAAGACCUAUGGUCUUUCUUUGUCUUUCCCUGUCUGUGGUGUCUGUGGGGUGUGUGUGUGAGAGUGCUUGUGGGUUGGCACCGGUGAGAGCCGUCGCCCUUCCCUCUGCCAGGAUGUCUGCAGUUCAGCUGCUGCUGGUCCCGCUGGCGCUGUGGGUCCUGCAAGCGUCUCUAUGCCAUGGAGCAUGUGUGGAGGUGGACUCUGACACUGACGCAGUGGUCAACGAAGGCUUUAAGCUGGGCUGUAUCUCCUCUAAAAUGAGGGGCGAGGUGCCCGCCGAGGCCACUGUUGAAUGGUCCUUUAUGCCCAAAGGGGAGAGCGAGUUCACAACACGUCUCUAUGCCAUGGAGCAUGUGUGGAGGUGGACUCUGACACUGACGCAGUGGUCAACGAAGGCUUUAAGCUGGGCUGUAUCUCCUGUAAAAUGAGGGGCGAGGUGCCCGCCGAGGCCACUGUUGAAUGGUCCUUUAUGCCCAAAGGGGAGAGCGAGUUCACAACAAUCUACAGCUACAAGGAUCUAAUGAGCGACAUCCCGGACGAGCGCUUCUACGAGCGUCUGGACUGGAACGGCAGCAAGAAGACCAAGGACCUGCAGGACGGCUCCAUCUACAUCCUGAACGUGACGUGGAACGACACGGGCACCUACCGCUGCAUCUUCAACCGCACCCUCAUCUUCACCUCCUUCAAGUUCCACAACGACACCACCAAGAUCGUCCACCUCAACGUGGUGCCAAGACUGACCAGGGGGAUAGCGUCCAUCUUGUCCGAGGUGAUGAUGUAUGUCACCAUCGUUGGGCUGCAGGUAUGGCUGGUGGUGGAGAUGAUUUACUGCUACAGGAAGAUAUCAGUGCAAGGCGAGGAAGCAUUGAGAGAGAGCGCGGCGGAGUACUUAGCUAUAGCUUCAGAGAGUAAAGAGAAUUGUGCAAUGGUGGCAGUAACCGAAUAGCACUGGUUAAAAAAUGGCUCCAAACGAUGAAUAGCUCUCGAUAGCCCUUCAACACUUCUCCACUUCACCCCUUCUUCCAUUAUGACACCAUCUCAUUGUGACACCAUCUCAUUACCCCAUCCAGGAGGACAAGCAGCCAAGAGGCUUGUCCAGAGAACAGAUGGAUGAGAAGUGAAACAGCCAAUGAAAAAAAGGACAUAUGCUGUAUAUUUGCAUUUAAACACAGUAGAGUGUACCAUCUAGCAGUACUAUAAUAUCAAAGAGAGUUGUAUAUACAGUACGUAUGGUUAAUUAUGCAAUCCAAAUCUUCAUUAUAAUACUCCUACAUUAUAUUAAGUUGGUAUUGUACAUUAAGAAUAGCUGCAUGUGUAGUGAUACAUCCUAACCAUGGGCAUUAAUAUGUUUCUUAUGGUAAAUUUCAGGAUUCUAAAGUGUGCUUGUAUCAAAGCAAUUAGAGGUCAGAACUCAACUGCAAUCUGACACAAUGGCUUCAGUAGCCGGUCUUGAUCAGACCUUCAAUGGCUAUUAUGCGCAGAUCCAGACUAGCCUACCGGUAUAUUCAAAAGCAUUCCAAUAAAACCUUGUUAUGCAUUCAGGUUAAUGAAAUGAGUACCCUGAGGAGUAUUAGCCUAACACACGGUUGACUAGCUGGGAGUACUGGAUUGUACACAUCCAGAGCAACUAUUUCUGUUUGACAACAUCUGUCUACCCUUUAAAGGUUAAAGCAUUAAUGAUCUAGUAAUGUUACCAAUAGUCUUCCUCUUUUUUUGGGACAGGGAUAACUCUCUCAAACUUAAAAAGUACAUUAGGAUCAGGGUAAAUUCACUAUCCAGUGUCUAGUAUAGGACGGUAGAAUGCCUGUACAUACUGUAGAUAGAGGACUGUAGCUAACUAUUUAUCAAUGCAAUGGAAUCAUUUUCACGUAACCGGUGAUUUGCUUAUGUCAGACGAUUUAAGGUAAUUAACAUGGUCAAUUCCUCAAAGCUAUAAUUAUCCACCAAUGUAUUAUACACAUUAUAGCAGUGCCAUUUUAAAAUGUUGAAACUAUCAUUCUACCGUUGUGACUGGAAACCUCAAUAUGCAACAUCCAUACAUUAUACAUAUAUUUAUUGCAGUAUAAUUGUAUUCUCUCCAUAUUUCAUUAAUGCUUUACUUGCUAGAUUUUCCUUACCAUAUUUACAACAAACAAGGGCUUGUGAUAUUAGCUACCAUUUUACUGCCGUGGGAAACUACCACAAUUUGUCCAGUGUGCCUAGAGCAGGAAUGUCUGUGACUGGUCGAAGACCUGAAACGGUUUAGACAAGACGCUAAACUGGUUUAAAACAAGUUAUUUAAUGAAGAUACCUAAUGUGAGCAGAAACUAUACUAUAUACAGUGUUGGCUUAGUGCUCAUAUCAAUCAGUCCCUAUGGAGCAGAAUACAGUGAGUUGCUAUUGAAAACUGACAUCCCUGUCGUUCCUAUUUGGCAGUCAAUUCUGAAUUAUACCUCCAGGGGCAGCAUAACACCGCCUAAUGUGGACUGCCAUCUUGCAUGCAUACUUUCUUGUAUAAUUUCAUUGGGAUCUGGGUUUGCUACAUUUGAAGUACAGAAAAGUGAAAGAAUAAUAGGAUUGUUAUCGCAUGAUAACUGAACAAAUGAUCAUUCUGUAGAAUUAAUGUUCAAGAUUCUGAAUUAUUCAAAAUUCCUUUUAAAAACCUUGACACCGAUUUGGUCAGGUUAGAGUUUCUAUUCGCCUUUCACAGAACUUCAACAUUAAAUAGCGGAAUAUAUGUUGGAAAAAACAACAGGCUUAAAACAGGGAAUAAUCUACUUCUGCUGUAAUUAAAAAUGUUGACUGAAGAGAGCUGAUCCAGUUCACAUUACUAUGGAAAUGUUGCUUGCCAAAACAGUCAGCUUUAUACCAUAAUACAAUUGUCAUGUGAUAAUGGAGUAGGCUUUAUGUCUGGUUUAUUAAAUCAAAACAAUCUC